AUGAGCUUUGAAAUUUGGAGAGAAUUUGUUGAAAAUGCAAAUCGAUCAGUCAGGAAAAAGAAUUUUUCGGAAUCUGGACCUGCUUCGAGGAGGCGACUUCGGCGAAAUUGGGGCGACAAGGAGGAGUACUUGAAAGAGCCAGAGCGGCGGUCUCGCGGAGCAGAGGAUACAGGCCGCUGUCAAAAUAAUGCUGAAAGAGGAAGUGAUACGAUGCAUUCGCAGCGAACAACAAGAGACCUGAUCAACAACUAUGCGAACAUCAGUGACUUAGUAAACCGAAUGAUGAACCGUAGAAAAAGCGAAUUGUUUCAAAAAUAUAAUAUCGAUUUGAAAGUAAAGCAAGAACCGCCGAGGCAAUUUUGGAGUACUGAAAACUUAUCUCCCGAGCUUGAUGAAAAAAUCGAGCAGCAAAAUGUUCGAUUAGUAAGAGAACGAAGCCUCGAGCGACCAGGAAAUCCAGUGUCAAAAUCAACCAGCUUUCUGGACAAAGAGAAAGAUCCGACAAAGACAAAAUUUCGCGUCCGCUUGCGGAAAAAGGCGCCGAAAAAGCCAGAUUCAGCGAGGCAAAGAAAAAGACUCGUUGUUGUCUCCAAACCUUUCAGAACAAAUUUGCCUGAUGAAAUUUUCCCACGAAAGAUGACCCCUGAAGCAGUGCCGACAAGCCCGAUGGUGAUAAAGAAUCAUCUACCGACCCGAAAAUCACCGACCUUUUCCAGUACUCCCGUCUUUCUUCCCGUUCAACAAAUCAUCAAUUUUUCCGAAACCAACUUCCAUCAAGCCACAGAAAUCGCCCGCCGAAAAGGCUCUAUCAACUUCAUCAAACCCUAUCUUCAUCUCCUCUUCGAGAUCCAGAUUCGAGAAAAGGUCCUCCUAAAAAUCUGA